UGUUUGAAUUAUUUCAAAUUAUAUAAUGUAAAACUUUUUCGGUCGUAUGAAAAGUUUAAUACAAAUUUGUAGACAAACAUUAAAAUAUUUUUAAUACGUACUUACUAAUGUAAAACAUAUUGGGUUUUGUUGAAGAUUUUUUCUUUUAGAUAAAGUUAUAGAAUUAAAAAUUCUACAUAAAAUCCAAUAUCAAUGUCUUAAAAUACUCUACUUUGACUAUACAUCUAACAUAUAUUGAUAAAUCUACAAUUAUGAUAAAUUCAUGCAGUUUUGGUAUGAUACAUAGAGUCUUACGUUUUGGACAUUAUUGUAGAAUGUAUAAUGUUUCAUCAGCUCAACCAUUAACUAAAGUGUUUAAUUAUCCCAAUUCAAAAAUAAAUUUUUUUGUUAGUAAUCAAACCGGAUUAUUCGACAUACCAGAACUUUGUUCAUAUGAAGGAUUUUAUGCACUCAGAGAACGUACAAAGUUACAAUGUGACAAUUUAGUGGAUGAAAUUUGUAGUCCAAACAGAAAAAACAAUUUGGUGGAAUUAUUUGAUCAACUAUCCAAUAGCCUUUGUUGUCUUGCUGAUUUAGCAGAAUUUAUACGAACUGCUCAUCCAGAUGCAUCAUAUAGUACAGCUGCAGAAGAUUCUUGUCUAUCUAUGAAUACUAUUGUUGAAAAUUUAAACACUAAUAAAAAACUGUAUUUAAAAUUGAAACAAGUGCUUAAAGAUGGUGACAUAAAUCCAAUGACAGAAGAAGAUAUUCAUGUUGGUGAGCUAUUUCUAUUUGAUUUUGAAUUAAAUGGGAUACAUUUAGAAGAAAAGAAAAGACAAUAUGUAGUUGAUUUAAAUAAUUAUAUUUUAAUUACUGGACAAAGAUUUAUGAUAGCUGCAGAAAAAUCCAGAUUUAUUGAUAUGUCUAAAAUUCCUGAUGCAUUUUUAAUUGAUUAUCCUGUAAAAGAUGGGAAAAUAAGUGUUCAACAAUCAAAUUCAACUUCAAGCAAUCCAAUAGUCCGAGAGUUUUCAUUUAAAAUUUUUAACUCCCCAAACAAAGAAUCAGAAGAACUGUUAGAUAAUCUUUUAGAAUGUCGACAUAAACUAGCUUUGACAUGUGGGUUUCCCUCAUAUGCUCAUAGAGCUUUAAAAAACAGUAUAGCAGAAAAUCCUGAUUUUGUCAUGGAGUUUUUAGAUGUAUUGAAUUCAGAACUGAGAACAAGGUCAAUAAUUGAGUAUAAAAUCAUGAAGAAAGCAAAUAAUAAUAAAACAGUUGCACCUUGGGAUGUACAAUUUUUGACUAAUAAUAUUAAGCAAAAUCAUCUUAAAUACUCAAUGCUAGAUUAUGCAGCAUAUUUUUCUCUGGGAGAUUGUAUGGAAGGUUUAAAUUUAAUAUUUAACAGCUUAUACAAUAUAAAAUUAAUUAUUGAAGAUUUAAAACGAGGGGAAGGAUGGGCUGAUAGAAUUUACAAGUUAGCUGUUAUUCAUGAAAGUGAAGGUUUACUAGGUUAUAUUUAUUGUGAUUUUUUUGAACGAUCUGGAAAAUUACAUAAUGAUUCUCACUAUGUUGUAAGAGGUGGACGUCAACUACCAAAUAAUUCUUAUCAAGUACCAAUUGUAGUAGUCAUGUUGAACAUAGUUUGGAAUGCUAAUCAAGGGCCUGUGUUAUUACAUCCUGGAACUGUAGAAAACUUAUUUCACGAGUUUGGUCAUGCAAUCCAUUCAAUGUUGGGAAGAACUAAAUAUCAACAUGUAAAUGGAACCAGAUGUGCUACUGAUUUAGCAGAAUUUCCUUCAGUGUUGAUGGAAUAUUAUGCUUCACAAUCUCAAGCAAUGAAAUGGUAUGCUAAACAUUAUAAAACUAGAGAACCCAUGCCUGAAGAAAUGUUAAACAAAUUAUGUGUUUCAAAAUGUUUAUUUGCUGCUUCAGAAAUGCAAAUGCAGCUUUUUUAUUCUGUAUUAGAUCAACAAUAUCAUUCUAAAGCCCCACAACCUCGAACUACUACUAAUAUGCUUGCUAAAUUGCAAGCUGAGUAUUAUGGACUACCUUAUGUAGAAAAUACUGCAUGGCAACUACGUUUUUCGCACUUUGUUGGUUAUGGUGCAAAAUAUUAUUCAUAUUUAGUAUCAAAAGCCAUUGCAGCAAAAACAUGGCAUAAAUUUUUAAUUAGCGACCCGCUUAACAAUGCACAAGGCGAACGAUUACGAAGUGAAUGCUUAAAACACGGAGGUGGAAAAUCAGCAAGAUGUUUAGUCUCAGAUUACUUGAAUACAUCAGUUACACCACAACUCCUUGCAUCUUCCUUAAUUGAGGACAUUGAUCAAGGAACUGAACUUACUAAAUCAAUUUAUGCUAUUUAAUUUUAAUUUAAAUAUAGAUGUUUUUGUUUUGA